GUCAAGGUUGGUGUGCCUUUAUCUACAUGCUUAUUACUUUUAGUUUUUGUUGUGGUUAUUAGCCUUAGUAAUGCAAUAUGGUGCUAACUCUUGGAGGAUUGAUAUCUCUUGCAUAAACAUUCAAUUAGUUAGCUAGAAAGGAAAUGUUAAGAAAAUGCUAUGCAAAUGGCUUACGGGCUCUUAAACUGGGAAAAUUUUCCUAUAUUCAGCAUUCAAAGUUUACAUGUGCACCUUGUAUCGCUUACUUUGGAGAACAGCGGAGUCAGUUUAUGGACGCGUCAGUGUUAAAAUUACCACCGUCUCAAAUCCAAUUCAUACCAAAAAAUGCAUUUUCAAGUUCAUCGGGAAAAGGUUCGUCAGACGAUGAUAGUGGUAUUGAUCCAGAUGGUUUACCUAAUUCAAAUGCACAUGAAUCUGAUCCAUCAUCAUCUACGCCACUCCCUCCUGCAGUUCCACCAUUAGCAUUGUCUCCACAAAAUAUCCCAGAGAAUUUCCCUAUUGUACCGGUGAUUGCAAUAUCCGGUUCACCGUUGUUUCCAAAAUUUGUUAAAAUGAUUGAGAUCACUGAUUUACGUUUGAUAAAUCUUAUUCGUCGAAAAAUUAAAUUAAAUACUCCAUAUGCGGGAAUAUUUUUAAAGAAACCAAAUACAGAACAGUCAGAUGUUGCAAAUAGUAUGGAUGAAUUACAUCGAGUUGGCACAUUUGUACACAUUCCUGAAUGGGAUGACUUAGGCUCGAAAAUUCGACUACUAGUUAUUGGGCAUCGUCGCAUUGAACUGAUUCGUCCAGUUGGUGAGGAUACCGUAGAAGAAGAGACCAGCUUACCAGUCGGGAAACGUAACAGUUUAGUUCGACGUGCUAAACGUGCCGCGGUUAAAUUCACAGAAUCUUUAAAUUCUAAACCAUCAAGUGAUAAAACAUCAUCAUCGCCAUCUUCGGAAAAUACCACAUCUAUGAAAGGUGAAAAUCAGUCAGAUAACAAUACUAGUGGGAUUAGUAGUAGCAGUAAUAGUUCCAAUGCUACCACAAUAUCGGACAACUUUGACCUUGGUUCUUCUUCACCAGUUUUAAUCGGUGAAACAAUUAAUCUCUAUCAUGAUCAGUAUGAAAAUACACAAGAAAUUAAGGCUUUAAGCGCUGAAAUUGUAAAGACAAUCCGUGAUAUAAUUAGUCUUAAUCCUGUAUAUCGAGAAAAUGUUCUUGCGAUGCUCCAAGCUGGACAACGUGUUGCUGAUAAUCCUGUAUACCUCAGCGAUCUAGGAGCUGCAAUGUGUAGUGCCGCUGAUACAGAAGAAUUACAAGCAGUUUUAGAAGAAAUGAAUAUUCAUAAACGUCUUCGAUUAUCAUUAAAUCUAGUUAAAAAAGAAUAUGAAUUAGGUCGACUUCAACAACAAAUAGGUCGUGAAGUUGAAGAGAAAGUUAAACAACAGCAUAGACGUUAUAUGCUAUCAGAACAAUUGAAAGUAAUUAAAAAAGAAUUAGGUUUAGAGAAAGAUGAUAAAGAUACAAUUGUGGAAAAGUUUCGUAUGCGUUUAAAGGAUUUAACAGUUCCAUCUAGUGUUAUGGAAGUGAUCGAUGAAGAAUUGAAUAAAUUAAGCGUUUUAGAUAAUCACUCUUCAGAAUUCAAUGUAACACGUAAUUAUUUGGAUUGGUUAACUGCACUACCCUGGGGUGUAACAAGUGAAGAACAUUUAGAUAUUGGACAAGCAAAGAAAAUUUUAGAUGAAGAUCAUUAUGGAAUGGAUGAUGUGAAAAAACGUAUUCUGGAAUUUAUUGCAGUUAGUCAAUUGAAAGGUUCAACACAAGGCAAAAUUUUAUGUUUUUGUGGUCCACCUGGAGUUGGUAAAACCAGUAUAGCUAAUUCAAUAGCUCGUGCAUUAAAUAGAAAAUAUUUUCGUUUUUCUGUCGGUGGAAUGUCUGAUGUAUCUGAAAUUAAAGGUCAUCGACGUACUUAUGUUGGUGCUAUGCCUGGGAAAAUUAUUCAAUGUCUUAAAAAAACUAAAACUGAAAAUCCACUUAUUCUAAUUGAUGAAAUCGAUAAAUUAGGUCGUGGAUGGCAAGGUGAUCCAGCUAGUGCUUUAUUAGAACUACUUGAUCCAGAACAAAAUGCCAAUUUCCUUGAUCAUUAUCUUGAUGUUACAGUAGAUUUAAGUCGUGUAUUAUUUAUUACAACAGCAAAUCAAUUAGAUACAAUUCCAGAACCAUUAAGAGAUCGUAUGGAAGUAAUUGAAGUAUCCGGUUAUGUUGAAGAAGAAAAAUUAGCCAUUGCAAAACGUUAUCUUCUUCCAUUGGCUACUCGAAAUUGUGGUCUAGAUGAUAAUCGUCUUUUAGUUGAUGACAAUGCAAUAAAACGUUUAAUUAAACAAUAUUGUCGUGAAAGUGGUGUACGUAAUCUACAAAAGCAUAUUGAAAAAAUUGUUCGUAAAGUUGCUUAUCAAUUAGUCAAUGCAGAGAAAGAUCCACCAAUUUCAGUUGACAGUGAUAACUUAACCAUAUAUGUUGGUCAACCAAUUUGGACAUCAGAUCGUUUGUAUGAUUCUAUCACACCACCUGGAGUUGUUAUGGGUUUAGCUUGGACAUCAAUGGGUGGUUCUGUUCUAUAUAUUGAAUGUACUAAUAAAAAACCAAGAUAUUCCUAUCAACCUACCAAUACUACUGAUUCACACAGUGAUAGUAGUGAUUCGGAGGAAGUAUCCAAUAAAAAAGGUAUUUUACAAAUAACUGGAAGUUUGGGAAAAGUUAUGAAAGAGUCUAUAUCUAUUGCUCACACAUUUGCUACACAAUUUGCUGCUUCCGGUGCUCCAUGCUCUUCUACAACUACUACUACUGAUGAUGGCAGUGCUAGUAAUAUUAAUAAUCAUGAACAGUGUAUGCUUAGUCCUACGGAAUCUGAAAAAGCAGCUUUAUUCCUUCAAGAAUCCGAUAUUCACUUACAUGUUCCUCAAGGUGCUACACCUAAGGAUGGUCCAUCCGCUGGAGUAACUAUGGUAACGGCUUUGUUAAGUUUAGCAUGUGGUAAACCUGUUCGUCCUAAUCUAGCUAUGACUGGUGAAAUAAGUUUAACUGGUAAAGUUCUACCAGUCGGUGGGAUCAAGGAGAAAGUUAUUGCAGUAAGUCAUGUACUUCCUCAUAAUACGAUAAUUUUUGAAAUUUUAUUUGAAACUGUAUGCAUGAAAGUAUUGAUUCAGCCCUCAAAUACCCUGGUACCGCCGAGGGUGGGUAGAGUCAUUUCUCCCUCUCCAAGUGCUCUCACAUGGUCACGCGUAUACAGCCGCUCCAAUGGGAGUUGGUAGGUGGACCCUCUAUGUUCACCUAGGGGAGUUGGAAAACCCUCAUUCUAAACCAAUUGUGCACAUUGGCUUUAGGAUCAUGAGGGAACAAAUGGUGUAUGAACCUAUUGUCGAUCACCGGCUACCACGGUAUCGCAUGUUUUAACGUCUCUACACUGCCUUGUGGAUUAGACCUCUAGAUCAAAGGCCCGGGUAGUGGCCCCAUGGGAAAACUAUCUGAUUCUGUUUGAGCACUCAGGAAGUAUUUCAGAGGGUGAUGACCUUUCGAGUAUUGGCCAAAUGUCUGACUUCAUGCAAACGAUCAAGAUGUUCUCUUUUUAUCUAGUUGCAAAGUCUGAGAUGUUAUCAUUAAGCUAUAUUGGUCACGACUGACUUGCUAUAAAAGUGGAAUGUUUAGAUUGAUUGAUUGAUCACUGAAUAGUGACUAUUGUCACGGUUGUUUAAUGCUGAUCGAACUCUGUCCGUCGCAUUUUCUAACGGUAGUUAGGUAGUGAUAACCUACAGCCCGAAAUAGAUAUGCAUUAGUCUUCCAACUUGUCAAACUACAUCGAGAUUAAAUUAUGGAAACUCAUAGCGAAAUAAUUGCAACAAUUAUAGUAUCUAGGAUAGUAAGAAAAACUAAACAUUUGAAAAUAAGUUUCAAAAAAUGGGUGUCUGGUAAAGGAAGAUAAAAAUUGAGUGCUCUCUGCACCACCGUAACCAAUUCUAAACCAUAUCACUCAUCAUUUACAACCAUUAGUCACAGUUUUAUGCCUUUAUGAAAUGCCUUGAAAGGUUCUGAUAUAUAUAUCUCACUUAUCGUACUUCAUCUCUACAGGAGUACUUCAUGAACAAAUGAAAUUUACAUAAUCCGGUUAAGUUUGUUUAAUCAUUAGACUUCUUUUUUUUUCAUCGACAAGUAUCAGUUUAGUAGCGCACAACGAAAGUUGAAUCACUUCAACAACUCGGAACAUUUUUUGGUGCAUUUGUAAUAACCACAUUCUCUAUAGCAUAUGUCGGUUACCAUAUUUCGUUGUGACAUCAUUUGCACAGAUUUGAAUCUUAAUAGCGAUAUCUCACUUGUUAAAACAUCCAACUUUCAAUAAAUAGGUCGUAAGUCCGAACCCCAUUCCAUCUAAUUCAUUAAAGACGACCGCGUGAAAUAACUAAACUUCACACAUUAUUAGUAUUGUAGUGAACAAGAACACGGUUGGGGACAAUCCAAUGUACUUGAUACGAAAAUUACAGACACUAAAAUCUAGCAACCAUACCGUAAAUACACUUAAUAUUGUUUUUCUCAAUCUUCCCAUUGAUGCUUUAGGACUGCAACUAGUCAGUCUCUGAUUGGCAUAUGUGCAUGCUGUGCGUAUUGCCUCGAUAUAGCCUUAAUUCACAAGCAUGGUAAGCAAAGAUGGAUAGUGGCUAGCAGUGCAAUCCAGGAUACGCGUUUCGUCCUAUUUGGAGCUCGUCAGAUGGAAGAUUCAAACAAACAAUACUAAGUGAAUUUCAACUUCACCCCAUUGCACAAGCAUGUGGCUAUCAGGACUCAGUCGCCUAGUAGAUAACGCGAUGGCAUUUGAAGCGGAAGGUACUGGGUUCGAGUCCCAGAGUGAACAUCAACUGUGAGAUGCGGGUACAUCUAGCUGACAUGUCCCAAAUGGGACGAAACUUGCGUCCUGGAUUCCACUGCAUACCGUAAAUAGUUCAUUUGCAGACUAUCAAUCAAUUGUCUCGAUCUUCACUUUUCCUUCUGUAAAUAUCAGUUCAUCUUCUCUAAUUCUAUUGUUCAUGCAUUUUCCUACCAAUUGCGCUUCAUUUCAGUUCUUUCCUUAUCGGUCUCCUGCCAAAAUACAUUCUAUGCUUGACCAUCACCAUAUACUACUUAUAUUGGAUAUAAGUAGUCCACACCACAGUAUUACUCGAAUUCAAGUAUAAAGUGUAUAAUUAUUCACUCUCUCAACUGUUUUUUUCCUUCUUUUUAAUUACAAUAGGCUAAACGUGGUGGAAUAACAACUAUCAUUUUACCAGAAACAAAUCGUAAAGAUUAUGAUGAUUUAGCGCCAUUCAUCAAAGAAGAUUUACAAGUGUAUUUUGUUCAACAUUAUAAAGAAAUUUUCCCAGUAGCAUUUUCAUAAAAAACUUCAAAAAAGAUUGAAAGGAAAGGUGAUGUUGACUAGUUUGUUGUUGUUGUUCUUGUUAACCAGUUGCUUUGCAUCCAAUAAGCGAGAGAGAGAGAGAGUGGGAGGGAGAGUGAGAGAGAAGUGUGCAAAACUUCAUUUCUAAUUUUUGUAUAAAUCAAAUUUCCCAUCUUAAAUG